GUAGAUGGCGGUAAUGCUUUAUGAUUGCAAACUGCCAGUGAUCAACGAAGAAGAAAGAAGAGUCGUUGCGACCUAAUAAGAUGAGUAGCCUGGAUGUUUUGUGCUUAAAUUUCAGUCUGUUUCAAGUUGUGUAACCUUUGAAUUGCAUUGGCGAGUUUCUUGCGGCACGUCGAACAGUUCCAGUUAUGGAUUUCGUUGAGGAUUCGGCAGGCAGCGUUUCCUGCACUGACCUGCCGCAAAUUAUAGACGUGGGAACUGACCUCAGAAUAGAACCGAUCAUCUCAACUGAAAAGGGACAGGAGAAACAACCAGGCAUAGCUCCAGUCCUCUGCUCUGAAGCAGAACUUUACUGUACAGACCCUUUGGUUCUAGCUCAAUUAAGGAGAGUAUCGGUGGUGCUGGUGGACUGCAGUAGAACACAAGGAAGACGCAAGAACAAGAACAACAGAGAUGGAGAACAGCCCAAACCCAGUAAGAAGCCAUACUCCUGCUCCGAGUGUGGCAAGAGUUUCACUGAAUAUCGAAAAAUGCAACGGCACCAGUACAAUCACACCAGAGAGAAGCCAUACUCCUGCACCCAGUGUGACAAGAGAUUCACUUAUCUUCGAAAUCUGACAAAACAUCAGCCCAUUCAUACAGGGGAAAAGCCAUACUCUUGCUCUGAGUGUGACAAGAGCUUCAACAGAGAGGACAGCCUGAAACGCCACCGGAGUGUUCACACAGAGGAAAGGCCAUACCACUGCAGUGAGUGUGGCAAGAAUUUUAAAGCAAAGAAAGAUCUUGACACACACCAGCUCAUUCACACAGAACAAAAGCUUUUCUCUUGCUCUCAGUGUGAAAGGAGUUUCGCCACCAAGACUAGACUCAAGCAACACGAGCUCAUCCACACAGGAGAAAGACCCCACUCCUGCGCUCAGUGUGGCAAGAGUUUCGUUCAGGCGGGAGAUCUCAAACGACACCAGCGCAUUCACUCCGGGGAGAGGCCAUACCAUUGCAAUCAGUGUGACAAGUCGUUCAGAGACAAGGGACAGCUCAACGUGCAUAAGCGCAUUCAUUCAGGAGACGUGUUUCUCUGCUGUCACUGUGGCAAGUUUUUCUGUCGAGAAGCACAGCUCAGCAGACACAUACGUAGUCACACUGGAGAGAGGCCGUACACCUGUGCUCAGUGUAAUAAGAGCUUUAGACAUAAAGGUGGUCUCAAAGCUCAUCAGUUCAUCCAUGCAGGACAUAAGCCACAUCAGUGCACAGAGUGUGGCAGGAGUUUCACCCAGCGGGGAGAUCUUGUGCGACACCUGCGCACCCACACAGAGGAGAAACCGUACCGCUGCAUUCAGUGUGGCAAGAGCUUCAGGGAAGGAUGUCUCAAGGUGCACAUGCGACUUCAUGCUGGAGAGAAGCCACACAAGUGCGAUGUGUGUGGCAAGAGAUUCACUCAGUUGGGGAGUCUCAAACGGCACCAGCGCAUUCACACUGGAGAGAAACCAUACCACUGCGCUCUGUGUGACAAGAGUUUUACUACCGGUAGCGGCCUAAAAAUGCAUGAGCGCAGCCACACAGGAGAGCGGUGCUACGCCUGCUCCCGAUGUGACAAGACUUUCAUUCAGCUAGGCCAUCUGAAAACCCACCAGAAAGUGCACACAGGAAAAGAGAUCUAUGAGGACCCGUGAGGAUAUUCACACUGAAUAGAGGGCAUAUCUGUACACCCAGUGUGAGUAACUUUGUACUCUAUAUACUGAAUAUGACUCAUUCCAUGUCAGUUCAGACAGAAUCCAGGAAAAUCGUCGCCACACCAUCUCAGAAUUUGCUCAAAGUUUGUCUGCAUGACGCUUAGGUCCCAAAACCUAAAGGAGAAUUCUGGCGCUUUUCACAUACUGUAGAUCUCUGUACGACAGGAUGACUGACAGGAUUUGAACAGAAAUAGUUUACAGGCCAUGGCUUGCUUUUGGGGCCCAUUCAUGAUAUGACGAGGUCUGAGACGAUAAUAACCUUAUUUGAUUUGACACAGAAUAACCCUAUGAGUGCCCUAUGUAAUGGUAGCCCCCCUCUCACUCAUCUUUGGUACUUGAAGUCUGUAUAGUUUCCAGAGUGUGAAAAGCCGUCAUCUACAUGUG